GUAGAAGUAGUACUUAGUUCCUUUGUUAAUUACAAUUAAAGAACUAAACGCUCAGAAAUUUGUGUUACUCCUACAUUAAGCAACACUGAAGUUUCUUGAAACAUUUAGUAACCCCUAACAGUUCAUUUCCUUUUCCUAUCUGUUUUAGCUUAUUAGCUGCUUAUGUGCUUUAAUAUUGCUCUACCUGAGUGAAGGCUAUUUUUGCUAUGGACUUCAGAACUUCUGCAUGUGCUAUUUGUAGGAUCAAAUGUUCUUUUAGACGGCAAAGGGAAUGUGAAAUUAGCUGACUUUGGGUUAUCAAAAACAAUUCAGAAAAUUGGAAGUGAAACAGAUUUCAAAUCUGCUCGGGGUACUUUGUAUUAUAUGGCACCGGAGAUAUCCGGGGGUCAAGGAUAUGGACGGGAAGCGGAUAUCUGGAGUGUCGGUUGUACAGUUAUCGAAAUGCUGACCGGAAAACCCCCUCUGAGUUAUUUUCAAACAGAAGCAGCCAGGUCUAAAAUUGCUUCAGGGCCCAUCGAUAUCAUGACUCUGGUGCCUCUGAAUGUAUCACAAGAUGCAAGAGCGUUUAUUGGGGCUGCCUUGAAGUGGAAACCUGACGAACGACCAUCUUCCCCUGAGUUGCAACGCUACGCGUUCGUUACAAAAUGGUACCCUGUAACCUUUAUAUAAAGUGAUGUAGCAAGUGUUCAGUUACCCAAACAAAAUCGUUAAUGGCGCAACUUUCCCCAACUUGCCAUUUGAGUAAACGAACUUUAUUUCGAUCCCUCUACAGCCCUUACAAAUAUGUUCCUAUUUGCUGGAUUUUAAAGGUUUAAGUCAUAAUGCCAAUGGGUUAGCGUUAGAGUCUGCUAAAAGGUCUCGGUCGGCUUGUAGUGAGUAAAAUAUCACCUAGUAGGGAAACGUUUUAAACAUAAUAUACAAAUGCAAAAAUGGUUUAAGAUUCAACAUUUAAAGUUUAAAAUGGUAGCUGGGUUUAUUUGUGUGUAGUUCAGAAACAAAAAGCUAGUGAAAAAUGAAACUCAGCAUCAGAAGUCAAGGGAUUUUUUCAACUUAAAGGAGAAGGUCACCCCAAAGAGCUUACUUUUUUGUCUCCACCUAUAGCAAGUAAACAAUGGGUUUUUCAC